AUGCUGAGGAGCUCUCGCCGGCGACCGCGAUACGGAGCCUACGCUUGCGCAUUGCUCUCCGCACUCCUUCUCCUCCUCUCCGUCUCUCUCCUCUACUCUCGCCUCUCCUAUUCCCACCCUCACCGCUAUCUCCACCACGGCCGUCGCCGGAAUCCAACUUCCGGCUAUGACAUCGUUUCCCUCACCACCAAUCCCCUCAUCUCCGAUUCUGACGACGAUCCCGUCAUCGCUACGGAGGACAAGAUCGAUGAGCUCGACGACAUCGUCGAUGAUUCGUCUAAGGAUGAGGAAUUGGAUGACGAGGACGAGCCGCAGCCGGAUAACAACCAGCCUAGGGUUUCCGGCUAUUUCUACGACCAUGCAAGUGGGGCCGUACGGAGGGCAUUCAAUCGGCGGUCAAUCGAGGAGGAGUGGGGGGAUGAUGAGUCUAUAGGGUUUAAUGUGGGAUUGGGUGCAGAGGAUCGGAGUAAGGCCGCGUUUGGAUCCGACGACGUACCUGUGGACGAGGAGGUGAGAAGGAGAGCAGGGUUGGUGGUUAGCAUCGAGGACGCGCUGUUGCUGAAGGUGGGUCGGAGAGUUUCGCCUCUGAGAGAAGGUUGGGGGGAUUGGUUCGACAAGAAGAGCGAUUUCUUGAGGAGGGAUAAGAUGUUCAAAUCCAAUUUGGAGGCUUUGAAUCCAUUGAACAAUCCAUUGCUGCAAGACCCAGAUGGCGCCGGGGUCACAGGAUUGACUAGAGGUGAUCGGCUGGUGCAGAAAUCGCUGUUGAGUGAGUUCAAGAGGGUCCCAUUUCUUGUCAAGAAGCCAUUGUUGGAGACUGCCCAUGAAACCCAAAAUAGAGGUGUUGAAUUGAAGAAUGAGAUUAAGAGAACUGAGCGUCGGACUUUGGAUGAAGGUACCAGUAAUGGCUACCAUAGGAAGGAGGCUGUCAAUGGUGGCAAGGCUUUGAAUGAAAUUGGAAUCGGGACUUUAAAGGGUCAGAGUAAGUCUGAGUUUUCAGGUCACAUAUAUGCAGAUGGCAAAAGAUGGGGAUAUUAUCCCGGUUUGCUUCCCCAUCUGUCUUUUUCGGAAUUUAUAGACAGGUUUUUCGAUAUUGGAAAAUGUGAUAUGAAGGUUUUUAUGGUGUGGAACUCACCACCUUGGAUGUACAGUGUUAGGCACCAGAGGGGGCUUGAGAGUUUGCUUACACAUCACCCAGAUGCCUGUGUGGUAGUGUUCUCAGAGACCAUUGAGCUCGAUUUCUUUAAAGAUAACUUUCUGAAGGAUGGUUAUAAAGUUGCUGUUGCCAUGCCAAAUCUUGAUGAAUUGUUGAAGGAUACACCAACCCAUAUAUUUGCUUCUGCUUGGUUUGAAUGGAGAAAGACGAAACAUUAUGCUACACACUACAGUGAGCUUGUUCGCCUUGCUGCUAUCUAUAAGUACGGUGGAAUAUAUCUUGAUUCGGAUAUCAUAAUUUUGAAGCCAUUAUCCUUGCUGAUCAAUUCUGUUGGUUUGGAGGAUAAUCUGACAGGAAGUUCUUUGAAUGGUGCUGUGAUGUCAUUUAGAAAGCACAGUCCAUUCAUAAUGGAGUGCUUGAAAGAGUACUUUAUGACGUAUGAUGAUACCCGCUUGAGAUGGAAUGGGGCUGAACUUUUGACAAGAGUUGCCAGAAAGUUUCUAAGCACUGAUAACAUCUCUGCUAGACAGCUAGAGUUAAAACUGCAACCUUCUUCCAUCUUUUUCCCAAUUAGUCCUCAAAAUAUCACAAGAUACUUCACUGCACCGAUGACAGAGACUGAGAAAACUCUACACGAUGCUAUGUUCAGAAAGAUUCUGAAUGAGUCAUUGACGUUUCAUUUUUGGAACAGCUUGACUUCUGCGCUUAUUCCGGAGCAAGGUAGCCUUGUUGCAAGGCUUAUGGACCACAACUGCAUAAAAUGCUCUGAUGUCUUGUGAAUUCACAGUUAGAUCCUAUAUGGUUUACCCAAAAUCCGAUCAGAAUAGAAGGUUAGAGCACUAAGGUUACCAAAUACACAUUUCUUGCUUACAUUAGAAAUAUGUGAGGCAUUAAUAUGUUUCAUUCGUCUGUAUUUUAUAGUUGGGAAAUAUACAAAAGAGUAGGCCUGUUGUAGUUGUAUAGAUCUAAAUACUUGUAUGUUGUUGGAUGUUGGUGUAAGAUGUUAUUUUUUUGUAGGAAAUUCUUUUGCACUGUUUGUUGCUUAGGGGGCUGCUGUUGUUUUAAUCAUAUCAUUUGUCUUCUUUGUAACCAUUUUCGGUUAAGGGUUUGGAUUUUUUGUUCA